AUGCCCCCCCACCAGCAAACUCAUAUUGGUAUCUUCGAUGACCAUAGCGAGUACAACGGUUUCCAAGGCUACGGCAAUCACACGCAGAACAACCCCAUGCAUGCACUUGCGGAAGCCAUGGCGAAUCUUGAUCGUACGCUCGGCGGAGGACGACAGGGUCACGGAAACGGCAUGUGCAUCUCUCGUGGUCCAGGUUUUCCCUUUGGCCAGUGUGGGCACAACCAUGUUCCUGACAUCAGCGGACUUCACAUCAGUGGAUUCGAGGAAGCCUUCAGCCACCCCAUCUUUGCUGGACAUCGUGUCGCUACUCAGCCUAGCUACACUCUUUCCAACUCCGUCCCAGUUUCGCGUCCUUCUCAUGGCCGUCUCCCCCUUCAACACCCUAUCGGUCACACAUCCCACCAAGGCUUUGGACCAGGCGACUACCUCCCUUUGGACGUCCAUCCAAACCAGCCACCGGAAGAUAUAUACGGCCUGGGAUCCAUACCAUACGGCUACUUCCCCAUCGAAUUCGACCCCGUGCCACUAGAAGAAGACAUGGGGCCCACUGAGAGCAGCGAACAACGGGUAAACCGCUUCAUCGCACACCAUACUGAGCCUCUUAGUUCCACCAAUACUACAAGCACGACAAACACAGAUUGCCCCAUCUGUAUGGAGAAUGCGGAUGCUCAUCCCUGCGUGAAGAUCAAAGGUAUCGCAGGCUGUGAACACAUGAUCGGUCGAGAUUGUCUCAAGGAACUACUUAGUCGACAGGCAGAUGACGAGAAGACAUGUCCUCUUUGCCGAGCGACGUGGCUAGGCGAAAACGGUUUGUGGCAGGACUCGGAGCAGUGGCGUAGGCGAACUGGUCGUAGGGGCCAAGGUGUUUCUUCUAGUCGUCGUGAUCGUAUGGUUGGUGGCACGGAGCGGUUAGCAGGAUUGUUGCGUAGCGCAGAGGGUCAAAGGCGUAGGCGUUAUGACUGA